AUGGCGCUGAUCCAGAGUGCGGUCAUCCUUGCCCUGAUCUCGAUCAGCUUUGCUCAUCCAAAAAUUUAUCACGAAGACAACGAAGAAGCCGGUAGCAUAGACAGAGCUGGACAUGGCGGUGGCGGAGGUGGUGGUGGUGGUGGUGGCGGUGGUCAUGGUCAUGGCCAUGCGUAUUCCUUCCAUCACUUUUCUGGGCCUGUAGAAGGCCAUCACGAAGAGGUCAGCUGGAAAGACAAACACGGACACGUCCACCACGACUACAGGGCUCAUCCCAAGUAUAAGUUUGCUUACGGUGUGGACGACAAACACACGAAAGACUAUCAUGGACAAAAGGAACAUCGCGAUGGUCAAAAAGUGGUGGGUGAGUACAGCUUUAAAGAACCAGGCGGUAACGUAAGAAUUGUGAAAUAUCACGCCGAUCCACACGGUGGAUUUUUCGCUGACGUUCACAAUUCCGAUGGUAACAAUCACGAGGGUGGGACUUAUGGUGGACAUAAUGGACACGAGGGUAUUGGGGCUGGAUGGAUCGGCUAA